AUCUCCCUGCAUGCAAUGCGAUUUUUGUAUAAACUACAAAUCCCAGCAUGCCGCUCGCUUCUUUUCACUUGUGUAAUGUAGGCGUUUGGGAACCUGGGUACUGUUGCCGAGCUGUGGUUUCUUGCAGUCGCCGAUGUGUGAUUGCACUUGGGAAACAGAAUAUUUUGUGUAUAAGAGACAAGGGAUGGGCUGGUGAAAAGAAGCCGUUGGGUUUGUAAAGGUCUUUGUCAAAAGAGAAUUAAAGGUACCAAGAGCAGAGAGAAGCUGUCGUGAGUACAUUUGACGCCCGGCCUUCCUGCACGCGCGGUGAUUGUCCGCUUCCGGGCCAAGUUGAACCUCUUGAGCCCCCGUAGGCAGCGGGUCCAAAGUGCCGGCCAAAAUGGAAGUGAAUCCCCCCAAACAGGAGCACCUGCUGGCGCUGAAAGUGAUGAGGUUGACUAAGCCUACUUUAUUCACCAAUAUUCCAGUAACAUGUGAAGAGAAAGACUUACCUGGAGAUCUCUUUAACCAGCUGAUGAGAGAUGACCCUUCAACUGUAAAUGGUGCAGAAAUUUUAAUGUUGGGAGAAAUGUUGACAUUACCACAAAAUUUCGGGAAUAUAUUUUUGGGAGAGACAUUUUCCAGUUAUAUCAGUGUUCACAAUGACAGCAAUCAAGUUGUAAAAGAUAUAUUGGUAAAAGCUGAUCUUCAGACAAGUUCUCAGCGUUUAAAUCUUUCGGCCUCCAAUGCUGCAGUGGCUGAACUUAAACCCGAUUGUUGUAUUGAUGAUGUCAUACACCAUGAAGUAAAGGAAAUUGGAACACACAUCUUGGUAUGUGCUGUCAGUUAUACAACACAAGGUGGAGAAAAAAUGUAUUUUAGAAAAUUCUUCAAAUUUCAGGUUCUCAAACCAUUGGAUGUGAAAACUAAAUUUUACAAUGCAGAGAGUGACCUCAGUUCUGUGACUGAUGAAGUAUUUCUCGAAGCCCAGAUUCAGAAUAUUACAACCUCACCCAUGUUUAUGGAGAAAGUUUCAUUGGAGCCAUCUAUCAUGUACAAUGUAACAGAAUUAAAUUCAGUCAACAAAGCUGGAGAAUGUGUAUCUACGUUCGGGUCAAGAGCGUAUUUGCAGCCAAUGGAUACACGCCAGUAUUUAUAUUGCCUAAAGCCCAAGAAGGAGUUUGCAGAAAAAGCUGGCAUUAUCAAGGGUGUUACAGUAAUUGGAAAAUUGGAUAUAGUAUGGAAAACAAAUCUGGGUGAAAGAGGAAGGUUACAGACCAGCCAACUUCAAAGAAUGGCUCCAGGUUACGGAGACGUUAGGUUGUCUUUGGAGGCAAUCCCAGAUACUGUAAACCUAGAAGAGCCUUUUCAUAUCACCUGUAAAAUUACAAACUGCAGCAGUGAAAGGACUAUGGAUCUGGUUUUGGAGAUGUGCAAUACCAGUUCGAUCCACUGGUGUGGUAUUUCAGGAAGACAGCUUGGAAAGCUGCAUCCGAGUUCCUCUCUCUGCCUUGCUCUUACUCUGCUGUCUUCAGUACAGGGACUGCAAAGUGUCUCCGGCUUACGACUAACGGACACAUUCUUAAAGAGAACAUAUGAAUAUGACGACAUUGCACAAGUCUGUGUGGUAUCUUCGGCUGUUAAUGUGGAAACCUGAAGGAAAUUUCCAGUGUUAUGCUUUUCAUUUAGUUGCACAUAACUGCUUUCUGUAUUUUUGUCAUCUUUGUAAAAUAAGUCAACAACGAAAAGAAAUAUAUAUUAUUUAAAUUUUUUCCUGUAAAACAGUUAAAAUAUUAAAUGUUUGUUUUGAAAAGAACUAUAUAUUGAUUUUAUCUUUGUAUAUUUUCUACACAUAUUGUUUCAUUUUAAAUGACCAUUGGAUGUUCUCUAAAAGCUGUGUUUGAGACCAUUUGUUCUUAGCAAGCAUCUAGAACAGAGAUCAGCAAACUUUUUAUAGAAAGGGCAAGAUACUAAGUAUUUUAGGCUUUGCAGGCCAUAUGGUUCCUGUCACAAAUACUGAGUUCUGUCUGCCAUUAUAAGUGCAAGAGCAGCCAGUAGGCAAAAACCUGCAGCAGUAUUUACAAAAAUGGGCAGCUGGCCAGCUUGGGCCUGCAAGCCAUAGUUUGCUGACAUCAAUCUAGAAGAUUCAGUUGUUUCUUAGAACUUCUGUCAGAAUAUUUUGUUUAAAAAUAAUUAACUCUGGUUUUUGUCCUAGCUCCUCAGCCAACAGAAAAAACUUGUUUAAAACAACUGGGGUAGUCCUAUAACCUGAUACUUGGAAACACAGCAUAAGCUUUUCUAGGUGUUUUUAAAAUUACUGUAUUGGUAGGUGUCUGGUGUUUGUGUAUACAUGCAGAUACACACAUCUGACUUUCAGGUACUGAAAAGCAAAUCAGAAUUGGCUUUAUUUCUUAGGUCGUUGAUUACUCCAUUAGCUUUUAACUAAGAAGCCUAAUAAUUUUCUAAUUCUAAGACAAAAACUCCUAGGUUUUUUCUCAUUGAAAAGUAAUAUUUUCAUAAGGCAUAUUUAAAGAAUUCCUAACUUCUGGUAUUUGAUUUUAAACUCUAAAUCAUAUCUUAAUAAAGCUUUCGAUCCAUGUAAUCUCACUUAUUAUGAGCAAAACAGAAAAUUAAGGUUGUAAACAACUUUGCAAUGUGAAUGUAACAAAAUUUUGCAAUAUUUUGUCAGGAAAACAAAAGCUUAUACUGUUAAAUAAAAGCCAUCCUAUUUUGGUAAGCUGAAAUUCAAGAAUGUAUAUAGAAUUUCUUGAUUGUAAGAGUGCAUUAAGUCAAAUAUAAAAAUUAGUUUUCCUUAAAGUGCAUAAUUAUUUAUUGCCAUGACAAAUUGUUUGGUCCAGAAUGAAAGCUAUAUUCAGAAGGUCUGUACCUUAAAACGGAAUAAUAAUUAAUGAAAAAUCUGUACAAAAUAAAGUGCAAGCAGUGUAAAACUGAAGUCUGUCUUUCUUUCAAAAUGAUUAAGAUUGACUAAAAGAUGAAAUAA